UCCUUGCAUUCUUACCCUAAAUCCUUAUCCUACAUAGGCGAGUAAAGUGGAAAGGUGUCUGGUCUCUUAUCUUUGUGCGUGUGCACUUCAAUCUUAGAGUCAACAGCCAUUCACUCUUCUACCAUCGCUCCACAGACCAUAGUCCAUAUACCCUCUCUACUCUUACCAGGCACAAGCUACCUCACAUUUUCCCCCUCCAAUGGCGUCAACUCUGUCAGCACUUGAUUCGCCGUGCAAAUUCUUUGUCUACCAGAACCCGAAUUAUCUAAUUAUUCAAUCCAAACAAUGUAUCCCUCUUUCAAUUAAAACUAAAUUUCGUUCUAUCUUGGCUAAACGCUUCUUAAAUUCCGAGUUUACUGCUCAUGGAAGAUCUAAUUUGUUAUAUUCAAGAAGUUUACUAUCCGUUGCUUGCUCUUACAAAUCCGAUGAUGAAGCACGCGAUAGUGCUCAACAGAAGGGAAGCAAAUUGGCCUGGCCGAUUUUGAAGCGCUGGGAUGUGCCUUGGCCAUGGCAAACAAUUUCUCUUACAUCGCUUGCUUGUGGAAUAAGUUUUGUGGUGACAGGGUUGAUUGAGACUCAAGCAUUGCCAAACCUUGGGUUAAAUAUUGGAGAUUUGACAUUAGAUGAAAAGGCAGAACUUCUGUUUCUGGAUCAAAGCAUAACUACGGCAGCUGUGCUAGGAGUUCUUUUCAGUCUUACCAAGUCCUUUCAGCCACUUCCAGACGAUCUGUAUCGAUAUGAUUUGAAGGAACCAUUCAAUCUGCAGAAAGGAUGGCUUUUAUGGGCUGGGAUUGGUCUUGCUGGGGCCCUUGGAGCCAUUGUUUUGACAGGAGUGGUUUUAUCCUUUUUUAGUGGUGAGAACCCAGAAAGAGAGACUGAUGCUCUGGUUCGCUUACUACCAUUGAUUGGAUCAUCAGAAGUCAGUACAGUUUGCUUGCUUGGAAUCACUGGUGUUCUUGCUCCCUUACUUGAAGAAACCAUAUUCAGAGGAUUUUUUAUGGCGUCCAUGACAAAAUGGGUCCCCACUCCGGUGGCUGUGGUGAUUAGUGCUGCUGUAUUUGCACUUGCUCAUUUAACUCCUGGAGAGUUCCCACAGUUGUUUGUUCUUGGUACUGCUUUGGGAUUUUCGUAUGCUCAAACUCGCAAUUUGAUGACUCCCAUUACAAUUCAUGCUUUCUGGAAUUCUGGUGUUAUUUUGCUCCUAACAUUUCUUCAGCUACAAGGCUACGACAUCAAAGAACUGUUACAGGCAUCGCAGUAGAAAAGCAGAUAGUCCACUAUGCCUCUUGUAUGCAGAUAUGUCCGCAAUCCGCAUGCAUCCGUAUUUUUACAUCGCCUUUACAUCAUUUGGUAGUAUGGCUAAUCUAUUGUAGUUCGGUGAAAUUAGAAAUGUUUUUCUGGACAGUGGCCUUAUCAGAUCUUGCUAUGUGGACUGUAGUCCUGCUAUUAGGCAUCUUCUUUUUGAACUACCAGCUGCAAAUGAACUAGCUCGGUCUUUUUGAAAUUGUGGAAAUUUCAUAUUGAUGGGCACAUAACAUUCUCUUGUAAUAUUUAUGUAUUUAUCAGUGACAUGACGUUUUUGUUAUCACUAAAAAGGGUAAGAUUGCG